CGCGCCACGCUCCGCCCUAGACGCGCUCGUCCCGGCGCGGGGGUGCGGCGGGGGGCGGGAGGCGGCGGCCCGGCUCAGCCUGAUUUACGGCUCUGCUGAAAACCGCUCGGUUCCCGCAGCUUCAGCAGCGGUGGCCGCGGAGCAGCUGCAACACAGCAACAAGUCGGGACUUUUAGAGUAAUGCAACAGAAGGCUUUUGAGGAAAGCAAAUAUCCCUGGCAGGAGUCUUUUGAAAAUGUUGCUGUGUGCCUGCCAUUCCGCUGCCCAAGGUGUGGAGACCAUACCAGAUUUAGAAGCUUGUCAUCCUUGAGGGCCCAUCUGGAAUUCAGUCACAGCUAUGAAGAAAGAACCCUGUUGACAAAAUGCAGCCUCUUUCCAUCCCUCAAAGACACAGAUCUUGUCGUCCCUUCCUCAGAACUUCUGAAACAGGGAAAAUUGCAGAGCCACAGCCAUGUGGUCAAGCAGAAACCAAGUUAUGUUAAUUUGUAUAGCAUUUCUCAUGGACACUCCAAGGACCAGAAGCCAUUUGAGGUGGUGGCAGAGAGGCCUGUGUCCUAUGUGCAGACCUACACUGCCAUGGACAUACGUGCAGACUCGCUGGAUGGGCCACGGUCAAGUCCUGGACUUCCCACCUCUGACACCAAAGCUGCUUUUGAGGCACACGUUAGAGAAAAAUUCAAUCAGAUGGUCGAAGCUGUGGAUAGGACCAUCGAGAAGAGAAUUGAUAAACUCACCAAAGAGUUGGCCCAGAAAACUGCAGAACUGUUGGAAGUUCGGGCAGCUUUUGUGCAGCUGACUCAGAAAAAGCAAGAAGUUCAGAGACGAGAGCGAGCUCUGAACAGACAGGUGGACGUGGCUGUGGAAAUGAUCGCUGCACUGAGGCAGCGGCUGACCGAGUCGGAAGAGGAACUUCUUAGGAAAGAAGAAGAAGUUGUUACAUUCAACCAUUUCCUGGAAGCAGCAGCUGAGAAAGAGGUUCAAGGUAAAGCUCGGCUCCAGGACUUCAUCGAGAAUCUGUUGCAGCGGGUAGAACUGGCAGAAAAGCAGCUCGAGUACUAUCAAAGCCAGCAGGCCUCUGGCUUCAGCCGUGACAUCAGUGAGCAUGUGCUUACAGAUAUCUCCUCCAAUAGGAAACCCAAAUGCCUAAGCCGAGGGCAUCCACAUUCUGUGUAUAACUACCCUGAUCUCAAGGCCCAUUGCCACCCAAAGGGGAGGGGCCACCUGAAGAAAGCCAAGGAUGACAGAGCCAGCAUGCCACCAGCCAAGUCCACCCACGAACAGGCUGAGUCCUCAAGAGACCUCUGCAGACCACCCAGAAAAGGGGAGCUCCUGGGGCUGGGUCGGAAGGGCAACAUCAGGCCCAAAAUGGCUAAAAAAAAGCCAACAGCAAUUGUGAACAUCAUCUAAAAGAACAGGUGGAUCUGGACUCCUCCAGUUGUUCCAGUGGCCAAGAACUCUGUCCUUUUGGACACAGCCGGUAGUAGGAUGUAUUGGGAAAGCAGAGGGAAUAACGUACAAGCAUCUCGAUUAACCAGAAUUAAACAAAGGAGAAUCUCAGUGAACCGCAAUUUUAUUAUCAUCCCUUUCCCCUUUAAAAGCAAGAGGCAGAUUACAGAAAGAAUUUUUAAAAACGAAGCAAUAUAAUCCUAAAGUUUUAGUAAAACAGAACUUUAGCCUUGAAAAUAAUUGGUCUGGUCUCUAGAAGUCCUGGCUUCUGGGCUCCUGCGCAGAAUUGCUCAAGGCCAGGGGCACACAAGAGCAUCAGACACUGUGGGGAGUGUCAUCUGUGCCCACUGCUGUCUAAAUUGUGAGGCAAAGAAAGGACAUGUGAGGGUCUGGUAAAAGCAAUGAAAUAAAAAUAUUUUUGUUAGUAUUUAGCCUUCCCCUCGAAUAAUUUGAAAGCCUUCAAAAUAAGAAUUCCUUUCACCCCUAAAAGUUCUGGUUAAUCAAGAUUUUAAUCUAUGGGGAUGUUUAUGGGACUUCAGUCAAAAUUCAGUUUUCAUUCUGACAGAUUGCUUUUCAGUUUGUUUCAUUCAGGUUUUUCUGUGUCCUUAAAUGCACAUUUAUUCAGAUUUUUGCUCUGUGCUGGCUUCUCUGGCUAAGAAUUCUGCACCUUCUAACCAUGCUGCCAGCCUUGGUCUUGAUGGCUGUUUCCUUGACCCUGGUCUGGGAGGACCAUGAAGCUCUUUGAUCAACACCCAGCAUUGAUGCUGCGCUGGAGUGCUUGGAGUGCCAGUAGGUGGCACUGUAGGGUUUUGGUACCAUUGAGUAGGCACUGUAGAUAGCACCCAUCCCUCUCCUAUGACCUGUUUUCCUGGUAAUGUCUGCAGCUUGCUCUUUGAAUGGUGAGCGUGACUUUCUCUUCAGUAGCUUAACUUUUCAACAAGCAGCUCACUUUGUAUCUUACUGCUUCUGUGUCCUUUAAUGACUGAAUAUAUUUUCCUAUCUUUCAACCAACUAUCAGGUGUGUUCACUGUACAGUGCAUUCUGAAGUAAUUUCUGAAACAGUGCAUGUAGGAUUCAGAAUCUGACACUGUCUUCCUUCAAAAUGCUUUUGUUUCUAUGAAGAAAUAUCUUUUAAGGAUCUCCCACUUUAAAAUUUUCUUCUAGAAUGAAUUUAAUGUAUUUUUUCAUUACAUUUAGCAAUAUCAUCAGGUCUCGUGCAGAGUUUAUAAGUGUUGACAUCCCCCUAGAGACAAGAUGAUUUUGUCCACAAAUAUAUACAUAUAUAUAUAUAAUAUACAUAUAUAAUAUAUACAAAUAUAUGUCAAGUAUAUUAAUUAUUUUUAAAUACUCAUGGAGCAAGUAUGUGUUUAUGGUGGGUGAUCUUAAAACUAUAUGUUUAGUGCUUGCUUUGGCAGCAUAUAUACUAAAAAUUAAGUUUGUUUAUGUAAAUUGAAUUCUCUAUUUUAAAAUUAAAACUAACCUAAUUAAUAUUAGUAGAAUUAUGAUUGUUAUUGAAGUAAGCAUUAUAUUAGCAGUACAUUAAAAUAAAUAACAAAGCAGUUACUUAAAAUGCCAGUAAAUUGAAGUGUAACUUAUCAUUUUCAAAUAUUUUGAACUUCUCUUGGUGGAAAUGCUGAUUUUUGAGUCUUCACUUUGACUUCUGGUUUAUUGGAAUGGGGUGUUCAUGUCAUAUUUAUAUGCAGCUAUCAAGUGGGUAAAAACAUUGCCAUGAAUAUUACGUCACUGUUUAGGCAGAUAUUGUAAAAGUUGUAAUGUUUAUUUAUUUGAAUAAUUAAUCUCCAAAGAUAAAUUAUUACUGAUUCUUAUACUAUUAUUGCAUUUUGCCUUUUUCAUACUAAAAAAAUAAUGAUUUGGUUAUUUGCAUGCUCUUUGUCCCAUAAUGUGUGUGCAAAUGACAGCUUGUUUUUAAAGAUAGUACGGGUAGAUUUUUCUCUUCUAUUUUAUUUAGAGUAACAUUUUUGGUGUUCAUUUAACAUGCCUAGAGGGCAUGUCAGCCCUCUCUGACAGUGGUACCCAGAGAUUUUCAAAAAGCACCAUAAUGUCAUAACUAUUCCAUAUACAUUACACAAGAUCAAUAAUAUUCAAAUGUAUUGAUUAUAUUAAACAUUUUCUUUUUUAAGUUCAAAUUAAUUUCUUCUCUCCAUACAAAGGAAUGUGUUAUGUAGGUGGCAAUUCCUUCAAGUCACAUAAGUACUGCUGAAAAAAAAAAGCUGACUCACUUGGAGGGAUAAUUCACCUACAUGCCAUGGCCCGAGAGGUGUGGCAUGCCCCAUGUAUAUCCUGUUUUAAAAUCUUCUUGUUCCAUAGGCAGUCAAUCAUAGAGUUGAGGAUGUUGCUAUUUUGAUGAAAUCACCAAAGUUUCUAGGAAAACAUGUUUGAGGUUAAACUGAAGAAUAGGUCAAAUUUUAUUAUUUGUUAGAUAAGGCAGAAAUCUUCAUUAGGACUGUGCUUUUUUCUUUCCUCUCAAACUAAAUAACAGGUUCUUAUCUACAAAGUUCAGAGCACUUAGACACUGUUUUGCAGUAUUCUGCAGGGUCAAUUACUUGUACAAAAGUUGGAAUAUUCUCUUCCCAAGGUUAAAAAAGGAGUUUUUAGAUUAUGAAAUACUAUGACAAUAAAGCUAUAUUUAUGACUAA